AUGUCGUUCGCAAACGCGGUGAAGGAGCGCCUGGGAAUCAUCGGCCUGGUUCCGUGUGCUGUAGGUGGGACCGCGAUCAAGGAGUGGGCGCGGGGAACCCCACUGUAUGAGAACAUGGUGAAGAGGGCUGCAGCCGCCGUGCAGGGCGGUUCCGGUGAAAUUAAGGCAAUGUUGUGGUAUCAGGGGGAGAGUGAUGCAUUAACCCAGCAUGAUGCCGACAGUUAUAAGGAGAAUAUGGAAACACUUAUUCAUAAUGUGCGUGCUGCUCUGAAUUUGCCUUCUCUUCCAGUGAUUCAGGUCAGUUGA